CUGCACAACACAGGAUCUAGAAUGGGGAAAGUGAACCAAACCAUCAUCACUGAGUUCAUCCUCUUAGGCUUCCCAACCUCAGAGAACUUCCAAUUUUUGCUCUUCUUCCUCUUCUUAUUCAGCUACCUUAUGGUGCUGGCAGAGAACAUCAUCAUCAUGAUGGCCGUGUGGAUGAACUGCCACUUGCACAAGCCCAUGUACUACUUCCUCUUUAACAUGUCCUUCCUGGAGGUCUGGUACAUCAGUGUUACCAUCCCCAAGAUGCUCUUGGGCUUCCUUACUCAGAGCAAGCUCAUCUCUUUUGCUGGAUGCAUGACUCAGCUCUACUUCUUUGUCUCUCUAGCAUGCACUGAAUGUGUCCUUCUGGCUGUCAUGGCCUACGAUCGCUAUGUUGCCAUUUGCUUUCCACUGCACUAUUCCAUCAUCAUGAGCACUAGACUCUGCUUCCAGCUGGCAGGUGGCUCAUGGAUGAGUGGCUUCACCAUCUCUGUUUUCAAGGUUUCUUUCAUCUCGCAACUAACUUUCUGUGGUUCCAACAUCAUCAACCACUUCUUCUGUGACAUCUCACCUGUGCUGCAACUUGCCUGCACAGACAUGUCACUGGCUGAGCUGGUGGAUUUUGUCCUCGCCAUCAUCAUCCUGGUCUUUCCCCUAUGUGUGACAGUUCUGUCCUACAUCUAUAUCAUCGCCACCAUCCUCCGCAUCCCUUCAGUCACGGGGCGCAACAAGGCUUUCUCUACCUGUGCCUCACACCUUACAGUUGUAAUCAUUUACUACACAGCCAUGAUUUUCAUGUAUGUGCGGCCCAAAGCCAUUACCUCCUAUGACUCCAACAAACUAAUCUCAUCUGUCUAUGCUGUACUCACUCCCAUGCUAAAUCCCUUCAUCUACUGUCUCAGGAACACUGAAGUCAAGAAGGCCAUUUGGAGGACAGUGGGUGGGAAGGGUGUGAUUUGA